AUGGACCCCGACCUCGAGGCCCGUAAACCCUCUCCUCCAGCGAAGGAAGGGCCGAAGGCAGAGCACGAUGAAACGGCCGCCGCUAUCCAGGGUACUGUCGAACAUGUUCUCGACCCAGUCUCGUACGGUUCAGGAGGCUUGCGAGGUAUUUACAGCUCUGGAUAUGUCUUCGGAACGGCUCUUCUAGCUUCACUCGGGGGGUUUUCAAUGGGUUAUGAUAUGGGGGUGAUUUCUGUGAUUAAUACCAUGAACCAAUUCCAUACAGUCUUCCCACGUGCCGAGUCUGGCUUUGGCGAAGGGUUAAUGACGGGCAUGUUGCUGCUUGGCGCCUUUGUAGGCUGCAUUUUCAUGCCUUAUAUGGCUGACAAGAUUUCGAGAAAAUUGGCUUUAACAGUUGUUGUUGUGAUCUUUGAUAUCGGAGCGAUUCUCCAGACGGCAGCGACCAAUUAUAACAUGCUAGUGGCCGGAAGAUUCAUUGGCGGCAUUGGUGUGGGAACUCUUGCUAUGGGUGCGCCGCUCUAUAUCUCUGAGAUUGCUCCGGCGAAUAUCAGAGGAACCCUCUUGGUGCUUGAAUCCGUUUCCAUUACAACAGGGGUCGUCGUUGCUUUCUGGAUCACAUUUGCUACCAGACAUAUGUCAGGGGAGGCCGCAUUCCGAUUGCCAUUUGGCCUACAAAUGAUCACUGCGACGGCUUUGGGUGCUGGCAUCCAUUUCUUUCCGUAUUCGCCGAGAUGGCUCGCUCUGGUCAAUCGUCUAGACGAUUGCCGCUCCAGUCUUGCAAAACUCCGAGGCCUACCAGAGACAGAUGAGAGAAUUCAGGCGGAAUAUCGUGGCAUCGUCUCUGAGAUCCAGUUCCAAAAGUUGGUUAUGCAAAAACGACACCCAGGCGCGACAGGUAUCAAGCUGGAGCUGCUCUCUUGGCUGGACCUUUUCAAUCGCAGGACAUGGAAAAGGACCGCUGUAGGAUGCGGUGUAGCAUUCUUUCAACAGUUUUCUGGCAUCAACGCCUUCAUAUAUUACGCACCUACUUUGUUCGGCUCCCUCGGCCAGUCCCCCGAGAAAUCUCUAAUUCUUUCAGGUGUUUUUGAUAUUCUGCAAUUAAUAGCAGCCUUGGUUUGUAGUGUGAUCAUUGAUAAUGCUGGUCGACGGUUUUUGGCUAUCGCAGGUGGAUUCGGUACUUCCAUUGCCUAUAUAAUUAUUGCAGUCUUGUCCGGGCUCUAUGCCGAUGACUGGACUGCCCACAUAUCCGCAGGGUGGGCUUGUGUAGCAAUGGCGUUCGUAUUCAUUCUAAUUUACGGCGUUUCGUACUCCCCUCUUGGAUGGGCCCUUCCAGCGGAAGUCUACCCAAACACUUCGCGAUCCAAAGGAGUAGCAUUGGCAACAUGUACUAUUUGGAUAUGUGACUUUGUUGUUGGAACAGCCACUCCGUCUAUGAUGGAUAACAUUGGUUAUGGAACAUAUAUUUUCUUUGCGGCUAUGUGCUUUCUCGCUGGUGUUUGGGCAUUUUUCCUUGUACCUGAAACUAGCGGUAAGACUUUGGAAGAGAUCGACGAGCUCUUUGGCGACUCGAGUGGUCGGGAGGAAACCCAGAUCAUCAGUGAGAACCUUCUGGUAUCCGCUGGAAAUGAGGUUGUGGUCAAACCUGUUUAA